AUGACAUUGAAAAUUGCUGCACCACUUUAUGGUCCUGCGAUUCCUGCAUUAGCACCUCCACCUCUUCCCGUCCCACUUCUUCCUCCUUCUGUUCUCCCAGCAUAUCCAGUCCAUCCUCCACCAGCUCCCUACUUACCAUUAGCUGCAGCAGCCUGCGUUCCAGCCUGCAUACCACCAGCAGUGUGUGUGCAAACAGUUUGCACUUGUCCAACUCCAGUAGUCUACAGUCCAAUUGUUGGCUGCGCACCACCACCACCUCCACCACCACCACCACCACCACCACCACCACCAGCAUACGUUCCAGUAGCUCCGGUAGCCGCAGUAGAACCAGUAGUUCCAGUAGCCCCAGUAGUUCCAGCUGUUCCUCCACCUCCAGUAGUUCAUGCAGCUCCAGUUGUUCCAGUAGUUCCAGCUGUCCCUCCACCUCCAGUUGUUCCAGUAGUUCCAGCUGUUCCUGCACCUCCAGUCGUACCUGUUGUUCCAGCAUGUAUGCCGGCAUGCCCUCCACCAACAGUGUAUGCUCUUCCUGGAGCUCCUUGUGAGCCUGGAGUAGAGUGUACUGGCGGUAGUGUUUGCUCAGCUGGAAUCUGCGUAUGUCCUCCCGAGCUUGUUCAAGAAGGAGAAGUAUGUGUUGCCAGAACUAUCUACGGUGUUGUCGCACCACCACCACCACCACCACCAGUGGUUGUUCCUGUUGCUGCUCCAGUAGCUGUUGCAGCACCUCCACCAGUAGUACCUGUUGCUGUAGGUGCUCCAUGCGUCCCAGCAGCUGCUCCGUGUGUUCCAGGUGCUAUAUGCCACAGCGGUGUUUGUACUUGUGGACCAGCUUUCACACCCUCUGCUGGCAUAUGCCUACGUCGAAGUAACAAUUUACUCCUAGUUUGCGAAAAGAGCCAUCGAUCAGCUCGAGAAUUAGUUCUACCGUAUAAGGGUCCACAACCAAAGCAUGGCGCCUGA